GAUCAUCCCUGCAUCAAAAUGCGAGCAGCCAACGGAUUUAGAGUUUCUUUUUUUUUGAUAUUUUUCCUGCUUCUGGUCUUCAGUUUUGGGACGAACUUAGCUGAUGAAGUGGCCAAAGAUGUCGGAUCCCUAGAGCCAAGUAAAUUUACGUUUUGGGAACGUAUUGUGAGCGGUGUGAAGAACUAUCCCUGGAAAACUGAUAAAAUAGAAAAAGAGAGCCCUGAAACUGCCCAAAGAAGAGCCGUUUUUUGGCAACGGCUAACGAUGUCCACGGUUCUUUAAAAAUGCUUGUAAAUUACCAAUAAGUCUAUUGGUUCUGCUUUUAUCUGGGAAUCUACUGUAUCUAUACAACAAUAUUGUGAAAUAAAUAAACAAAUUAUCAAAUACACAUAUGAUAUAGCAAAA